AUGACAACCAAUACGUCUAAAAUCCCACAAAUGUCGAGUAAAUCAACUAAACGAAGUCGAAAUCGUACACUACGCUCGUGUACCGAAUGUCAUAGGAGGAAGCAGAGAUGCAAUCGAAAUCAUCCUUGCGAUGAUUGUCUUGAACGAGGGGUACCACAUAAGUGCCAUUUCGUGAUACCAUUGGAUGCUCGUGACAGAAGGAUUUUUACUGGAGAAGAAGUUCUGCUUAGUCUCGAAUCAGUCGAGGACUUACGAAGCGCUAGACCAUCUUAUGGAUCUACCCGCACACCCACGGACGAAACACAAUUGUGGUUUCCUAGUCGCACGCCUACCUAUGAUAUAGAAAUGCAGGCUCUGUUUUGGCCCAAUCUAACGAGCGAUAUUGUCGGUGGUUUUGAUCCAUUUUCGGUCUUACCAAAUACAACUGGAGAUCCACUUUCCAAAUCAACUCUUAUUGAGUACUUUAUCAAGCAGCUAGGCCCAUGGCUUGGCUCAUAUGACGAUGCUCAGCUAUUGGGUCGCCCGGCAUUCUCCUGGCUACCAUUCGCUUUGCAUCAUCCCCCAUUGUUAUACGCCACUUUAUUAGGCGCAGCAGUUCACCUAGAUCGCAAACAGCCAAUGGACAAACGCAUUCUGGUCUGGUACAAAAUCGAGACGAUGCGUCUAGCAAAUCAGACAAUGAACGUACCCAAUGAAGCUGCUACAGAUCAAAUGCUCUUAGUGGUUUUAAUCUUGCUAUACUUCAAUGUCGGAGGUGGAAAUGGAGAAGAAUAUGAAACGCAUCUCUCAGGUAUCAACCAAAUGCUAAUCCUGAGAGGAGGCAUGGGUAACCUAGGAAUGAGAGGCAUGAUUAAAAACUGGCUGGGAAUUUGUUAUGGUCCAUGGAAUCACGAUUGGCACCAUGGAAGUUUUGUAGAUUUUUACGGCAUCAAACAAAAAUCACAUAUAUGA